AUGGGCCAAGCCGCUGUCCAGACUUGUGGAAGAAGCAAGUCCUAUGUUACAGAGCUGUAUGAAUGGUUCAGAAAGUUUGUUAUCGAGUGUCCAAGUGGGCUAAUCGCUCUUCACGAGUUUCAAAGGCAUUUCUGUGAUGGAACUGUGGGCAGUGAGUCAGCAGAGUAUGCAGAACAGAUUUUCCGCACGCUCGACAGCAAUGGGGAUGGGGUGGUUGACUUCAGAGAGUAUGUCAUGGCCAUCAGCAUGCUUAUUGAAGGUUCAGCUGUUGAGAAACUGCGCUGGUCAUUCAAGCUCUAUGACAAAGACCGAGACGGAGCCAUCACAAAGGAGGAAAUGCUGGAGAUCAUGCAGGCUGUUUAUAAGAUGAACGUGGCUGCUGGUUUAACCAAACCGAACCCACUUACAGCUGAAGAAUGCACCAGCAGGAUAUUUGUGAGAUUAGAUAAAGACAAUAACGCAAUCAUCAGUCUGGAAGAGUUCAUAGAGGGAGCGCUGGAUGACAAUUGGAUCAGAGAGAUGCUGGAAUGUGACCCGAGCACCGUGAAGGUGGGGAGGCCGCUGAAGAGGGACACCGCUUUGGAAAACCCACGGUUAAUUUGA